GACAUCGCUGCGUGACGUACUGUCGUGAUCAUCGGAGGACACACAACAAGCUGGCAGCAUGAGAGGAGGAGGAGAGACACUACCUUCACGUCGAGAUGUUUGUUCAACGUGUUUCUGUGCUUGACGACGAACUGUGGCUUUAAACCUGUGCUGAGACAAGAGAGGAGUCCCAGUGACCGGCAGAGGAAGCAGAAGGCAAAAUGAAGUUUGCUCAGUUUCUGCUGAAAAACGCCUCCGUGGCUGGAAUUCCGAAGCAAGUGGAGAAGUUCUCCAAGUUCUCCCCGUCGCCGCUGUCCAUGAAGCAGUUCCUGGACUUCGGCUCGGCCAACGCAUGUGAGAAGACCUCCUUCGUGUUCCUGCGCCAGGAGCUUCCCGUCCGACUGGCCAACAUCAUGAAGGAAAUUGAUUUCCUCCCAGACAAGCUCCUCGGCACUCCAUCCCUUAAGCUCCUCACCAGCUGGUAUUCACAGAGCUUGCUGGAGCUUGUCGACUUUUUGGAGAAAGAUCCAGAUGAUAAGAGCGUCCUGACAAACUUCACACAGACCUUGGUGCACAUCCGGAACCGGCACAACAACGUGGUGCCCACCAUGGCUCAGGGUGUGGUGGAGUACAAGGAGGCGUUCGGCGUGGACCCCGUCACCAACCAGAACGUCCAGUACUUCCUGGACCGCUUCUACAUGAGCCGCAUCUCCAUCCGCAUGCUCAUAAACCAGCACACAUUAAUCUUCAACGGCAGUGUGAACCCGGCCCAUCCCAAACAUAUCGGCAGCAUCGACCCCACCUGUGAUGUCGUGGAGGUAGUAAAAGAUGCCUAUGAGACGUCAAAGAUGCUGUGCGAGCAGUAUUACUUGACCUCGCCUGAUAUGGAGGUCAAAGAAGUCAACGCUGAAAACCCUGGGCAGCCUCUGAACAUUGUCUACGUGCCGUCCCAUCUCUACCACAUGCUGUUUGAGCUCUUCAAGAACGCCAUGAGAGCCACAGUCGAGACCCACGAGAUGAGCCCCACGUUGCCACGGAUCAAAGUGCGGGUGUCACUGGGGGCUGAGGACCUCACUAUCAAGAUGUCAGACAGAGGAGGCGGAGUUCCGCUGAGGAAGAUUGAACAUCUCUUCAGCUACAUGUACUCCACAGCUCCCAGUCCCGUCCAUGAAGACAACUCUCGUAACGCACCCCUGGCUGGUUUUGGUUAUGGUCUGCCCAUCUCCCGCCUGUAUGCCAAGUAUUUCCAGGGAGACCUGCAGCUCUACUCUAUGGAGGGCCACGGCACAUCAGCUGUCAUAUACUUAAAGGCCUUGUCUUCAGAGUCGGUGGAGAGACUUCCUGUUUUUAACAAGUCGGCCUUAAGGCACUACCAGACCAGCAUAGAGGCCGAUGACUGGUGCAUGCCCAGCAAGGAGCCAAGGAAGCUGGGCAAGCAUGAGAGGACGUGGUGAUGACGGACUGCGGGACUAAAGUAAAGGAAAGAAUGGACAGAUGUAUAGUUAAAUGAAGAAGUGGAUAAACUUGUACUUUAAGUGGAAGAAGGCAUUGAGUGCUGUGAGCGAGCUGCUGGACGUGGACCUGAAAUCUGGAUUCCCUUCCGAACCCUACAAGGAGAACAUUUCCCAAGAAUCCGAUAAAUGCAGUGAAAUACCUGAGCUGAGCUAUUUCUCUCAGCCUCCAGACAAUUUAACCCAGCAACAGCUCGCCACAUUAAACCGCCAUUACAUGACAAUUACAGGCAACUCUAAUGGCGAAGGAACAAGUCAAGUAUUAAUCUGCUUUUGCUUCAUUUACUACACUUUGUUUUGUUUUGUUUUGUUUUUAGCCAUAACAACAAGUAUUCACUGUGUUGAAAAAAGCAGGUUAGCUGUUUGUGUUGAUGUUCAUGUCCACACUCUUUAGACUGGUACAGUUCUUAGGUCAAUGUAGAUUACUGGGUUGAGUUGUGUUUUCGCUGUAGGUUAAAUGUGCAUCAGUGCCUUGGAAAAACCCAGUUAAUCGCAUUAAUUAGAACAGGGACAUGUUCAAAGUCCAGCGUAGAGACAAAGAGAGAGAAGUCUACUCCUCCUGUGGCCGGUUCAGUCCUUUUCUCACAAACUACUUCUGCAUUUCAUCUUCAGCUCUUACACAAGAAGAGUGGUCCAGAAACACAACAAGAGAAAUACAUAGAAUCUGUUACGUGUGCUGUGAUGUGAUGAGGCUUGACAUUAUUUUAGCUUUGAUCACUUUGAGCUUAAACUCAAAGUAUUAGCUUGUUCAAGAGAAACAUAAACACAGGUGCCUUAGCCUUGGACCCAUGCAAGGCCAUUUUAAAAAGUUAAAUUAUUGUAAAUAUUGGAAAAAAAAAAGGCAUGGAUGUUGAGUCACACAGAGGAAACGAGACUUGUCAAAACAAAGAAUAGCAGCGUAUUUCAAGUUGAUAUGUGUAGGUGAAAGGGGAAAAUAGUUGCAUUUUCACAUGAAUAUCCUGCCUGGAAACUGAUGUGUUAAUCGCUAUAGGAACCAAAACACAGGAAAAUCUUCCAUGUCUCCCAAGAGUAACUUUCUAGAAUAACACAGUGAUUCUUGUGCAUAUUGGAGGUAAUUUCAUGUGUUUUUUAAUGACACUCAUUUUGUAUAUUUAAGUGAUUUGCUGCAUGUCAGAGGGUUUCAAUGCUAGAUGUUGCACUAAAGAAAACUCUCAUAGGACUCACUGUUUGCUGACAUGCUCAGAUUAGUGCAGCAUGUUAUCUGUAUUUGAACAAAUUCAUUGUAGCAGAGACUCAUAGGAACAAGGACAGAUUCUCAGACCAGGUUCAAUUUAAGCUGUAUUGAAUUAUCUGUAACAAGUAUUUCACUCAACCCUCAGAGGAUGAGCAGUCGAGGAUGUGUGAGUAGAUCGAAGAAUGUCACAUGUUUGUUUCUCUAGUACGUACCAGUCAUAAGCACUUGCAUAGUUCAUUUUAAUCAGUUCUUUGAGAAUGUAAUGUUUUCAAAUGUAAGUAUUUUUAUCUCUCACUUACGGUGAUGGAAUUUAAUGUUUCAUCGCUUAAAGGACCAGUGAAUGUAGAAAAUAAAAAUCUGCAGUUUGUC